GUGCUUUGCAGAAGUGGUUUGUUGUCGGUCAGAUGCAAAUAUGGCGGCUUGACUUGACCCGUGAACAAAAAAACAUAAUCGAGUCUCUGAUUUUCUUUUCGUUAUUUGGCGAUGCAUCUUUAUUUUCAGAAGGCCUCUAAUAAUGGGUUAUGACAUCGGCAGAUUCCAGGGAGAGGUGGAUGAAGAGCUGGUGUGUUCAAUAUGUGGAGGAGUAUUGGAAGACCCCCUGCAAGCACCUGUAUGUGAGCAUGCUUUUUGUGCAGGGUGUAUCCAUGAGUGGCUCAAUCAUCAGAAUAACUGUCCUAUCGACAGACGCACACUUACACCACUACAGCUCAAACAAGUUCCUCGGAUUCUCAAAAACCUUCUCUCAAAGCUGGUAAUCUCUUGUGAUAAUGUGACAUUUGGGUGUGAAGUUAUGGUACGUCUUGAUGGCUUGCAGUCACAUCUUGCUCAGUGCGAUCAUAACCCCAAGAGACCUGUCCAGUGUGAUAAGGGUUGUGGCCUUGUUGUACCUUUUGAUGAGCUACAACAGCACAAUUGUGUGCGUGAGCUUAACACGAUUAUCCAAAGCCAGAACUUGAAGAUGGCCGAGCUUCAGGCUCAAAUAGAUGACCAACGUCAGCAGUUGAAUGAACAAAAGCGGGAGAUGCAGAUGAUGAAGGAGAUGAUAAGAACCAUGCGAAUGAUCAACGUCCCGCAAACUCUGCCUGCUCUUCCUGGCCCCCACACCCACUCACCCCCUUCCAUGAUAGAACACAACACAGAUGAGCUUUUAGAGUGGGUAUUGAGUCUACAGCCAGCUAGGGUAACCCGUUGGGGGGGUAUGAUCUCCACCCCAGAUGCUGUGCUUCAAGCUGUGAUCCGGCGGGCCUUGGCUGACAGUGGCUGUCCUUCUAACAUUCUAAAUGAACUAAUGGAAAAUGCUCAUGAACGUAGAUGGCCCCCUGGUCUAAGCACUCUUGAGACUCGUCAGCUUAACAGGCGGCGGUAUGAACAGUAUGUAUGCCACCGCAUAGCAGGGAAGCAGGCAGUGGUUAUCAUGAAAUGUGAGAAUGAACACAUGGGUGAGACUAUGACUCUAGAUCCAGGCAUAGUGAUGAUUUUUGCUCAUGGGAUAGAGUGAAUUCUAUUCUAUACCUGUGGAUCCUGCUAUUGUUAUUAUCACCGAUGCUCAUUGGAUGAGGUGAACCAUAACAUCUUAUACCCAUAGAGAAGUAGAUCAAUCCGCAACUACAAGCUGAAUUUGGUGUUUUUCAUGAUGAAAAUGCUACUAGAUUUUCUUUUACUUGUUUUUUUUUCCAACAUUGGUUUUGGUUUAAAAAUAAUUGGGAGGAAAAUUUCCAAAUUUCUAAACAAGUGACACUAAAUUCAGCUAAUGGCGAUGGGCGAUACAGCACCAAUAAAAAGCUUAAUUUGUGACCUAUAAUAGUAAGGUCAAUAUACCUAAAAGUAAAAUUGAUAUGACUAAUAGCUUA